GCAUUGUUCUCCUCAUUUCGACUCAGUCCAAUGCUGCAUAACCUAUACGUGAUCUCAUGCAACUCCCUACCCACAUAGUAAUCACACCGGUCGUAACUUCUCGGGCUACCGGUAAAGGAUACUGAGUACCUGUCCAACUGAGUACAUACUCACACACGCAACUUAUCUGGAGGUAUUUAGACGGAAUUCCACCUCGACGUGCAUAUAUGUGAUCGCCGUUACGUCCACAGCUCCGUCGAGAGAGAAAGUCGUUGUGAGAGAUCCUCCUUUGAGUAGGAGCUGCCUCCACCGCCGUUGCCUCUCUGUACUUGUCACAGAUUUCUCACUCAGCGAGCUAUCUAUCCAGCAUUCUUUCUCUGGCGGCAUUCAGUCCCAUAGAUGGCCCAUCCAUCCAGGCCAACCUCGCUGCUUCGGCGUAGGCAUAUAUAUAUAUAUAUAUUGCCGCAGCUGUGAGGUCACCGGCGCUCGGCACUUUGCCAUGGCCGCCUUCUUCAAGAGUCGAAUCUUCUCACUUUGUCGAAUCGCCGCUUCAUUCAAGGGUCGAAUCUAUCUGACUGAUUGCUGCAUGAAUGACCACUGCAAGACAGAUCAAGCAUUCUUGCUCCAGGGGAGUCCAGGCAGCAAUCGGAUCAGGCAGCAAUCAGGCAGAUAGAUUGCCCACCCAAUUGCGCUGCUUCGGCGUACGCCGUACGGGUAGGCAUGUUUCCCGAAGGGUGAGCACUGAGCCGAACGACACGCCCAGCACUUCGUCAGUUAUUCGACCCCUAUGGAAGGGUCUAAUACUUCGAAUUUCAUCGAACCAACGAAGCUUGGCCGAGUCUAAGAGUCGUCGAGAGUCAAAUUUCUGUUGAAGCUCUGUCGUAGAUGGCGGGCCGGCAUUUUCUCAAUGCCGCCGUCCACAGUCAGCCCGCAGUACAACAGUCUCACCGAGGGGGAAGGGGAAAAAAAAUGCUUAAAAAUUACAACCCUACUCUCCCAAGUAUCCAGCCACUAUGAAUGACAACUUGAUAAAAUACCCCGUCCAUUAUACGUUAUCUUAAUGAGCUGUGAAUUAGGAUGGGAUCAUUCACUUCCGCAAUGCAAGCACUGGCAGGUACCAGACGAAGAGGUUUGUACGUCGAGCCGCGAACUUACCUCUUUUUUUAUUACUCUAUUGAAUUAUUUUUAUUUCUCUUUUUUCUUUUUGUUUUUUUCUCCCUCUCUGCAGUGCUGCCUUGCACCACUGCUACGACAGGGAGAAAGGAUAAAAAAGGAAGAUGGUGAAAAAAAAAAGAGGAAGAGAUGGAAAAAAAACACGAGGAAGAUUGGUAGAAAGAGAGGAAAACGGUCAGUCGCCAUCUUCCUCUUCUCCCCUUCGUUCUCGGGAAACUAUAACUACGGUAAGGAGUACUAAGGACAAUAUAAUCUUGAAUCCCUUCUCGCGAAAGAAGGGAGCAAGCAGUCAAACAGAUAGGAGAGAAACAGCCAAGCACGCGCAUUUGGCCACUCAGCGGCUAUGGCUAUGGCUAUGGCUAUGGCGAUGGCUAUGGGUAUGGCUAUGGCGGUAGCUAUGGGUAUGGCUAUGGCUAUGGCUAUGGCUAUGGCUAUGGCGAUGGCUAUAGCUGUGGUGAUGGCAAUGGCUAUGGCGAUGGAGAGGAUGACGUGGAUCUUGAUUUUGUCCUCCGACAUAAAAGUCAAAGCUUGCUGUUUGUAUUCGAAUACAACACGGUGGUACAUCUGCAUACGCUACAGUCUUCGACGAAUAGAACGUACGGUCAUUAUCACUGUAUCUAGACGCAAAGUUGCCCCAAAUACAGCUACAGCUAUAAUGACGGUAUUCGGGUGAAGAGUGUAGCAUGCUAUGGCGAUCGAGCAGGAAGCCAUCGCGAGGAGAGAGAUAAUGCAGGUUGCGUGAACGGUCGCUGUACACCGUGACCAGUCGUUGCACCACCAGGACCGGUAACUUGACCCCGUCACUGGUCGGCGGUGGUCGUUGCACACCGCGACCGGUCGCUGCACAUCAUGACGGGUCGCUCCACACCAUGACCGGUCGCUGAAGACCUUCGAAACAGACACCGCCACCAGGACCAGGACCGGUCUGCCGAGCUUCCCAGAGUCCAGACAGACUGGCAGAGGCAGAGAGCGGGCGAUGAUCAGUAGCCCCGGCAUUGUCCUUGCAUGCAUACUUGUCCCCCUGGGCAGCUCCGUCCGCAGCCUCCACAGUUUUGGGAAUUCGACCUGGUGUUUACACACGAACCACCGCAGCAGCUGCUCCGCCUGCCAUUGCACGUUGCUCCGCAUCUUCCGCAAUUAGAAUUGUUAUUUGACACGCUAACGCAGCUGCCCCUGCAGCAGCUACGGCCCGAUCCGCAGCUGUUCCCACACCCCCCACAGUUCCGGGAGUCGGUUCUGACACUCACGCACGAGCUGCCGCAGCAGGCCCGACCGUAAGGACAACCACGUCCACAUCCGCCGCCUGAGGGUCGGCAGGAUGGACGGCACACACCUCCGCAGCAAGAUAAUCCAUAUCGGCAGGCAGGGCGGCAGCGCCCAGCGAGAGAGCGUGCCAUCGCCGACCCCCUUUCCCCAGAUACGUCUGCUACCUCCCCUUGCUCCCCCACGACCUCCUCCUUCGUCUUCUCCUGGACGUCAGCCAUCGCCAAGAUGGCCAUCGAGCACAUCACCAUCACCACAACAACACCUGUCAUCACAGGAGAGAACGAAAUUCCUUUCCUCUCCAUUGUCACCUCUGUGUGUGUGUGUGUGUGUGUGUGUGUGUGUGUGUGUGUGUGUGUGUGUGUGUGUGUGGCCAGAAGGCUGCUUAUAGGGGGAGGUGGGCAAGAAGGCAGCUGGGCAAGAAAGCUGCUAAGAGGGAGAGGUUGGUAAGCAGGCUGCUGAGAGGGGUAGGUGGGCAAGAAGACCGCUGAGAGUGGCGGCUGAGCAAGAAGGCUGCUGAGAGGGACAGGUGGGCAGACGGCAAGGUAAGUGGCGAGGACAAUGCAGCUAACUCAGGCAGGCACGAAGAAACGAAGAGUUUGUUGUCCAAACAAGCGAUCCAGACCCAGUCAAAGGCGACAGGGAGUGAGGAAAGAGAUGAAGAAGAGACAAACGGGCAGCUUCCGCACCAAACCCGCCGUUCGAACGCAUGCAGAUGCAAAUGCGGCAGUGGAUAAACCCACGGCUCGAACGAAGGCAGAUUCAAAUGCGGCAGUGGAACGCUUCCUUCCACAGCAAACCCAGUGUUGGAGCGCAGGCAGAUGGAAAUGCGGCAGGGGGAUAGCUUCCACAGC